UUAGUCAAGUGUCAAGCAUAGCUGUCAAGUUUCAGGGUAUAAUAAAUAAAAUGUCAAACCUCUGGACAUAAGUUAGAGCGUAUAUUAUGUAUUUGAAAUAGUUUCAUACGAGUAAAUUCGAGUACGAAAUAGAAUCAUGAGCGCCUUACGAAUACAGGUUUUAAAAGUAUUUAAGAAACUGCAUAAAACUAGGAUGAAAGUCUUUGAAGGGGACGAGAGAGCUCUCACUGCAGCCAGACAAAAGAUUAAUGAAGGAUUCGCCAAAAAUAAAGAGGUUCAUAACGAGGAAGCUAUCAAAGAGUUGAUAAAAUUUGGAGAAGACAUUGAAAAAGAAUUAAGGACCCAAGUUAUACAAGCAAGAGAAGUGAAACCAGGAGUGUUUGAAGCUAAAAUAAGAGAAGAUACUGUCAAAUUGGAUAACAUCCCCUACGAUGAUAACGCCAUACCUGAAGAUGGAGUUAAAGGAAAAAAUCAAUGUUGCCAAUCAGUUAAAAAAUAAAAAUGUACAUAAAUUAAUUUCGUAGUUCUAUAGGUGAUAAAAGAAAUCUAGUCUUUAUUUAAAUUAUACCUUUAAA